AUGCCUUUCACACUAGAAAUUAUAUAAACUCUUUGCGGAUCAUCUUGUGAUUUAUAUAUGCAAAUGGAUUCGUUGCAGAUCAACGAGUACGAAUUACAUGAUUUCUUGGAUGAUCCCAACUUUGAUCAGUUCAUCAAUCUAAUUCGAGGAGAAGACGAAGAGCCCGUUGGCGACGGUAACGUCGGUACCUGCUUCCUUGAUCCUCCUCCGGCACAGAUCGACUUUGAUUUCAACAUCGUUGGCGACACGUUAGUACCGAGUGCGGGUGUAGUAUCGGGUUUGGAUGCACCGGAGGAAGAAGAUGAUUCUUCCACUACCAUCAACGUUGUUGCUGCGAGAAAAACUAGAAUGGACAGAUCAAGAACCCUAGUCUCCGAGAGAAAGAGGAGGGGUCGGAUGAAGGAGAAGCUUUACGCACUGCGUUCGUUGGUCCCUAACAUAACUAAGAUGGAUAAAGCGUCGAUAGUCGGAGAUGCUGUCCUGUACGUUGAAGACUUGCAAAUGCAGGCCAAGAAAUUAAAAGCUGACAUUGCAAACCUUGAAGCAUCCUUAGCAGGCUGCCAUCAAUCAACCGAAAGCAAAGAUAACAACGUCAAAUUUGCAGCUUACGACAAACCACCUACCAAAAGAAUCAAGCAGAUGGAUGUAUUUCAAGUGGAAGUAUCAGAAUUUUACGUGAGAUUAGUCUGUCAGAGAGGAGAAGGGAUUGCAGCUUCCCUCUACAAGGCUCUUGAAUCGCUCACAACAUUCUGUAUCAGAAAUUCCAAUUUGGUUACUGUUGACGACACAUUUAUAUUAACAUUUACAAUUAACGUGAUAAAUUGUGAGCAGAGUUUGAACUUGCCAAAUUUGAAGCUGUGGGUGACUGGAGCACUUAUCAACCAAGAAUUUGAUUUUCAUUAA